GACCUCGACUCCCAAGCCCGCUCCGGUUUUGUCUUAAUAACCCUCCAAAACCCUAACUCCCCAACAUCACUCGCCAUGACGCUGCUCGAUUCCAUCACCCGGGCCGCGGCGGAGGCGGAAUCCGGCGGGAACCUCUCCCCCAUCUCAAAGUUUCCCGUCGUCCUCAACGCCGAUGACAUCUUCCCCCAGUUGAAGCCCGAUUCCGAAGCCCCCGACGGCGCCUCCCUCGUCAAGCGCGUCUCCGGGUGGAAGAUCUCCGAGACCGACGCCGAGAUCGCUGAAUUAGCUGCCGGUUUUGCUAAAACCCUCAGGCGCAAGCUUAAGAAAACCAGAUCCUUUGAUCAAGGCAAGUUCUUGGACCUUCUGAAUUCGUUCCUGAGGAACAACGCCGAAAAGAUCGGACUUUCCCUUAGUUCCGAUCCAUCGGACGCUUCUGGUCCCGACUUCACGCGCGCGGCGAUUGAAAAGUUGGGGUUUUUGAUCGGCCGCGAGGUCGCAGCGUUGAUCGCGGAGGGCUGCGUCGUUCUAGAGCUGUGGGAAGUUCUUGAAAGCCUAAUUCUCCAGGGCCUCGUUGGGCAUCUCAACUCCAUAAAUCUCGUAGAGAAGCUUAUGGAGAAGAGCCGAUCGGAGUUGCUUUGUCUCUUCGUCAAGCAUGUUCCGGACCUUCGAUCCUCGGAGCUUCUCUCCGUGCUUAAAUACUUCUUAUCCCCUACUGAGGUGUCUUAUCGUAGCAUGAUUAGGGUUCGGAAACAGUGGGAAAAACAAGGUCUUCUAGCUAUCGAGAAGGCUGCCCAGAAGGGUAUACCUAAGAAGGUAUCGAAUGUAGCCAAGGAAGCUUCGAUUCUUCUAAUGGUGGCUUAUGAUGGUUUCUCUUCAUCGGAGCUUUGCCUGCAUUAUGUGUUUGGAUCGUCAAAUUUAGAUGGUCUCAUGCUGUCUUCGGCAAUUUCGAAACUUGAUGGGUCGGAGGUGCUGUGUUUGAUUCGGUACUUUGUGAAGUGGUUGGAGAAGUACCAGAGGUUUCCGGAAGCAGGGCCUUGCCCCUCGGCAGGGAAGGUGUUGGGACUGAAGGCAUGUGAGAGUGUUCCUUCGUUGGAAUCAGUUCUCAGAGGAUUGGAGUUGGUUUUGGAUGAGCAUUUCUUGUACUUGGUGUUGAAUUCGGAGUUCCAUGAUGAGAUGAGAGUGGCAGAGAAAGUUAUCAAUUCUUUGGCUUCGGAAGCUGACUUGUGUUUUCCAGUGGAUGAUAUAAUCAAGUAUUUGCAAGAAGUGAAAAGGAAUGAAGAUUUGUAGAAUGAGCUCCUUCUGUGUCCACAUAUAUAUGAGAUAAGCCAGCCAGAAGAUACAGUGGGGCAAAGACUCCUAUGCUUCAGUCUGUUGUACGGGGAUAGGUUUAAAGUACUGGAGUCUUGUGCAUCUUUCAAAAGUGGGGUAUUUGUUUAAGCUAAUUGCAAUUUUACAGUGCUGGUGGCAAAUUAUAAUAUAAUUAUAUGGAGAUAACAUGCUGGCAAGUGGCAACAAAUGAAAUGUAAUCAUGUAGUGAUAACAUAAGUUACAAGGGUUACCGUGACGUGUGGGAAGCUAAUCCAAGUCUGAAAUGCAUUCGGGUGGAGAGCAGCUGAACCGUGCAUUUUUCAUCCCCUCGAUUGUCAUUAGAAGUUAAAUCCAUCAUAUGAUCCUAUGGUCGUCUUUGUCAAGAAUAAACAAUGACAGUUUCUCAAAAUCUUAAGCUCAAAUUUUCCAUUGUUGGUGUAGAUCAUGUGUACGACGUUUGCUUGUCUGGUUUUUCCUUGAAGAGAUUUCUUUUGCUCUGCUCCUCGA